AAAAAAUGUUGCGGCCAAGUUAAACAUCAGCCCGUCAAUAUUUCAACCACAGCGCAAACAACUUGUAUUCUGUGGCAGACAUGGCGCACCCUACGAGGCUUCGAGGCGACAAGUCGAAACCGGCACAGCACGAUGCCUUCGAAAAGGACGAAGUGGAACUACGACUAGAGAAGGCUGUCUUCGGGGACGAUGCAGGCUUUCUAGAAUCACUGCAAAGACAUGAUUCAGCAGCGAACAAGGCCUUGACGCGGCUAGACGAGCGCGAAUCCGAGCCUGAGGAUAGUGAAGAUAUUGAGGAUGGCGAUGGUGGACUCAGUGAUGUUGCCGAUGAAGAUUUAUUCUUCCUCGACGCCGGAACUGGAAACCUUCCCACUGCCGUCGCCCAAGAGCUCGAGCGCAAAGAAAUAGCACAUGACGUUACACAACACACGCCCUCAUGGUUCGACAGCGAUGACGACCGGAUGACCGUCUCAUUGGCGUCGAAUCCGCGGUUGAGGAAAUUGCGGAAUACUCUUGAAGACGAUGUCAUUAGUGGAAGGGAGUAUAUUCAAAGACUGCGCCGGCAAUAUGAACUGCUUCAUCCUACGCCUGAUUGGGUGAGAUAUGCCAGGAAAAAGAGGAGGUUAUCGUCACAAGACAAAGAAGACGAGAAUACAGAUACCGAUGUGUCUAUGGAAGACUCCGAGUCACUUCCCUCGGCACAACCUCUGUCUGAACUUCUCAGGAGUGCCGGCUCCUUAACACGGUCUGACCCGAAGCCCGCAGGCUCCAAGGGGGAUCGAAAACUACGUCCGGAAGUAAUCGACAUCCAACGUUGCAAAGACGUUGCUGGUUCGGGCCCAUCGUCGGUGGAUACGUUGCAGUUUCAUCCUUACUAUCCUCUGCUUCUCUCGGCGGGACCUAGCUCGACAGUCACUCUGUAUCACAUCUCGCCUCAACCUCCGAAUCCCAAUCCUGUGUUGACAUCGUUGCACCUCAAGGGCACCCCCCUUCACACGGCAGCGUUCUGCAGACCGCAUAGUGACAGACACGUUCCGGACGACGGCGAAGUCCAGGAUCAAACAAGAAUUUUUCUCUCCUCCCGACGGCGAUACUUCCACGUAUGGUCCCUGGCUACUGGCGUGGUGACAAAGGUCACGCGUGCUCUAUACGGCGAAGCCCGCAAAGACCAGCGGACCAUGGAAUCGUUCAAGCUUUCGCCUUGUGGACGGUAUAUGGGACUCAUUGGUUCUUCCAAAAAGGGAGGUGGCAGUAUCAACGUGCUGUCGACAGAAAGUCUGCAGUGGAUCGCCAGCUGCCGAAUUGAUUCCCGGGGCGGCGUUGCGGACUUUGCUUGGUGGCGCGAUGGAAACGGUUUCGCAGUCGUGGGGAAGAACGGCGAAGUCAGUGAGUACGACAUGGAGGCGAGGCGGAUUGUUCAUCGCUGGACGGACGAGGGCGCUGUUGGGACAACAGUCAUCGCGCUUGGUGGACAUGCCGGCCAAGGGGAACAAGACAGGUCUCGUUGGGUGGCUAUUGGCUCCUCAAGUGGUAUUGUCAAUGUGUAUGACCGCAGAGGAUGGUUUACGGACAAAACGAUCACCGCCACACACCCAACCCCAGCAAGAGCCUUCGAUCAACUGACGACGCCAAUCUCCCACCUGGAGUUUUCCGAAGAUGGUCAGAUGCUGGUCAUGUCGUCGAGAUGGAAAAAGAACGCCCUGAGACUGGUCCACCUUCCAAGCUGUACUCUCUACCGAAAUUGGCCGACGGACAAAACGCCUUUGGGAAGGAUCAGUGCAGUUGCUCUGUCGCCUGAUGGUAGUUAUCUCGCUGUAGGGAACGAACAAGGGAAGAUCAGGUUAUGGGAAGUACGCGAGUAGGACAUCUAUAGCUCGAGUUUGAUUCCCAGUCUAUGGUGCAAAUCGUUCAAUAUACACUCUAUACAAGUGCC